AUGAGGGAGGAGAGCAACAAGAAGACCAAGGUCUCCUGGUCCAAAUCCCUCGUCAGGAAGUGGUUCAACAUCAAGGGCAAGGCGCAGGAUUUCCACGCGGACUACGACGCCACCACCCAAGGAAGUGACGCAGGACGGGAUGGUGGUGAUGAACGGAGGACCAGCUGCUCGCAGAGGGACGCAGGCGCUGCCAAGAAAAGCAGAACUGACCGGUCGUUGAAGCGGAAUGUCGAUCGCGCUCGUAGAUCAAGGAAUGAGUUUGAUGUGUCACGCCUGACAGAAGCUCAGGAUUACAGAAUAUUUGCCUCGACGUGGAAUGUUGGUGGUAAAUGCCCAUCAAGGGGGUUAGAUUUAGAUGACUGGCUACACUCUUCACCUCCUGCUGAUAUCUAUGUGCUUGGAUUUCAAGAAAUUGUUCCUUUGAAUGCUGGAAAUGUUCUUGGUACCGAAGACAAUGUUCCAGCGAAGAAGUGGGUCUCACUUAUUAGGAGGACGCUGAACAAGAACCCUGGGCCUAGCAGUCACGGUGGCUAUCGCACGCCAUCCCCUGUCCCUGAUCCGGUUGUGGAACUAGAUGCUGAUUUUGAGGGAUCAUUGAGAAGACAGGAUAGCUCAUCAUUUUUCCACCGUCGAUCAUUCCAGAACCUUAGUCGGAGUUUAAGGGUUUCAGGAAACGAUAUGUUCUCACAACCAAGAUUGGACCGUAGGUUUAGUGUGUGUGACCCAGUUAACAUUGGAGGCAGACCAAGUGAUUUUGAUGGAAAUUUCCAGUGUAUGGGAUCACCAGGCGAUGAAUAUAUUGAUGAGGAUAUAAGUAAUGGAGCAUAUUUUUCACCAUUCCCAUAUGGCUAUGGUACUUCAACACCUAUGGAAGAAGAUGAUGAGCAGCCAAAUACUUCUAGGUAUUGUUUGGUUGCCAGCAAACAGAUGGUUGGCAUAUUUCUCACAGUUUGGGUACGCAGUGAAAUAAGAAAUGAUAUUAGAAACCUGAAAGUUUCCUGCGUAGGUAGAGGACUAAUGGGUUAUCUUGGAAAUAAGGGUUCUAUAUCAAUAAGCAUGUCUCUGCAUCAUACAACCUUCUGUUUUGUCUGUUGUCAUUUGACCUCUGGGGAAAAGGAGGGAGAUGAAUUGCGCAGAAAUUCUGAUGUCAUGGAGAUCUUAAGGAAGACAAGGUUUCCUCGUGUCCGCGGAUGUGGCGAUGUUAAGUCACCGGAGACAAUUCUUGAGCACGACCGUAUCUUAUGGCUAGGUGAUUUGAAUUACCGGAUUUCUCUUCCAUACUCGUCAGCAAAAGUUCUGGUUGAAACACAUAACUGGAGGCAACUGUUGGAGAGAGAUCAGCUUCGUAUAGAGCGGAGAUGCGGACAUGUUUUCCCAGGAUGGAAAGAAGGAAGGAUUUAUUUUCCUCCAACAUAUAAAUACUCUUUCAACUCAGACCGGUAUUCUGGUUAUGGUGUGCGUCCCAAGGAAAAGAGGCGAACGCCAGCUUGGUGUGAUCGUAUUUUGUGGCAUGGUACCGGCCUCAUUCAGUUGUCAUAUGUCCGAGGAGAAUCACGCUUCUCCGACCACAGACCAGUGUACAGUAUUUUUAUGGCGGAGGUUGAAAUUCUCCACCAGAGGAGAAGAAACAUGGGCUAUUUCAGUUCUAGAGUUGAGGUGGAAGAGCUGUUGCCGUAUGCUCACAGCCAUGGAAACAUAAAGUUCUACUAA